AUGUCCCUGGGUGCAUCUACGCCUGUGCUUUCUUAUAAAAAGCGCUCUCAGAAGCAAGACGGAAAACAGUCCAAUCAGGAUGCCAAUGUAGGCUCCAGACUGCCUCGUAUAAGUACCCAGUCGUUAUCCAGCCCGGUUCCUGGGUCUUCACCAUCUGCCCCAAGUACUCCCACGCUUGGAGCUUCUAGAAAGGUGUCUUCAAGGAGAAAGGCUUUACAAGAUUUCUAUAAGCUCCAUCUGGAAACACCAAAGGGCAACGAGAGUGAGCAAGAACUAAGUCUGGCUGAACCAAAGGAGGAAAAGGAAAACGAAGAAGCCAAGGAACAAGCUGUAUCGGAAGAUCAUGCCUCGCUGGUCGAGGAGCUCAAUGAUCCGAAAAAGAUUGAAGAGUUCAUCAAGACGGCGUCGGCUUCAGAGCUUCUUAAGAUACGCAAUCUGGCCAGUGGAAAACUCAAUUUCCACGACUCGGAAAAGAAGUCCAUCAUUUACGAUAACUACUAUGAGCUUAUUAAGCUUAACCAGGUGCUUAGUGACUUGAGCGGGAAAGAAAAGAAAAGAACGGUACUCGAGGAAGAUCAGAAAGAGAUCAUCACUGAUGAGCACCUACAGAACGUGAUGGGCGAACUCACCAACUUCUUAGACACCACUGCAUCCAGAUUCAAUCAGAAUUUCACUCUGGUUGUUAACGACUUUAGCACAGAAGCGAAACGCUCCGAUUCACUUGCCAGCAUCCAGGCCAUCAAGGAUACCAACUGA